AUGAUAAGUAAAUUUAUCUUCGUUUGGUGCCUCUUGUAUUUAUAUUCCGAAGCUCACGCCGAACAUUUCUCACAAUAUUUCCAAGAAUCAUCUGACAAUACUCAAUGCAUUUUUGAUGUUCCUCGAAAGAUUUACAAUGUAACAGAUUUAUUACGAUGCAUGGAUGAACUCGCUAUCGGUCAUUUCGUUCAAAAUAAAGAUCAAUCAUUAAUUAUAGGACGAACAAGUCAAACGGAUUCGUCAGAUUACGAAGAAAAUUCUUAUGGAUUUCCUUAUGGAAAUAUAAUCUCAAAUUUACUUAAUAUUGCCCAAGUUCCAUCGGAUUAUAACAAUGUCCCAUUAGAUUUUAAUAUUGGAAAUUAUCAAUUAAAUACGCUGAUCAAUCCUCUCAAUCAAUUUGGUAGUCUUGGAGCAAAUAUCUUUAAUGCUAUGUCAUCAAUCUCUCGCUACGAUGAUCUGAAAUGCGUAUCGAGAAUACUCUGUGAAGUGGCGAGUGGAAAUCCUCCGGGAGAAUAUAAACAAGCGGAGAACAAUGAGCAAUAUUUAGAAGAAUCUGGAAGAAAUAUUUUCGCGCAGUGGCUCACUGGACUGGCACAAGCAUCUCCUAUAUUAAGUUUUGCUCGAGCUACCGUUUUGGGUUAUAGCAGUAAUGGAAAUCCAGCAAUGUGUUAUCGCGCAUUUCCGAGAUGUCCGCGUAAUCCCGACAAACUGUUGCAUUAUCUGAACAAUCAUAAUGGUGGAUUCUUUCAGUUCUUCAACAAAGGCGGACGUAAGAGAUAUUCUCAAUCAUCUUACGCUUUGCAAGGUAGAGAUAAUUCGGAACUUCGCGAAGAAAGAAGACGGAAUGCUCCGCCGCCGAAUAUUGCCGGAACGGAAGCUGAUCAUACUGGAACGGACAAGCUAAAGUUCGAUUUCUCCGUUUUGACAAAUCAAAAUCGCGGAAAAAGCUUCUUUCCAAGGGAAAAUACAUUGGAAAACUCGGGACGAAUGAUUUUCCCAGAUUAUGAGGAAUCGAAUGGUCGCCCAUUGAAAAGUAGAAUUUCUAAAUCCCUGUCAGACUUACGAGACUUUGAUGUAAAUACAUUUCCACGAGACUCUCCACUGGUUUUCCCUCAGGAUUCGAAGGCUCAAGCUGUUCACGUUUUACGUUUUAUUCCUGAAUCUUCGGACUUGGUAUCUCACAAUACAUUUCAGUUUCCACAUUAA